CAGAGAGGGCGGCGCGCGCACAGCCCACACGAAAUUAGAGAAGGGCUCCUUUCCCACUCUUUCUCACUUUGCCCCCUGAAAUCCUACCUCGCUUAAAAUAUAGGGCCUGGAGGAGGGGGUAUAUACGCUGCGCCGCGUAAUUAAAGGCUGCUUUGAGCCCUUGAGGGCAAAAAGGGCCGUGAAAUUUUGCUACGCGCACGCGCAGCCGCCGCGCCAAGGAGCGGCCGCUCUUUCCCUUCGUCUCGCCGCGUCGGGACUCGUGAGACGGGACCCCGCAGCGGCUGUCCCGAUGAGGCUGCCGGGGGUGGCGGUGGCGGUGGCCGUGCUGGCGGUGGUCCUGGUUGGUGCGGGUGCGGCUUCGGCGGCGCCGCUUCCUUCGGCGCUGAGGCUGGAGCGCGCGGUGCCCCACAAGGGGGUGCCACUGGAGCACCUCAAGGAGCGGGACAGGGCGCGGCACCGGCACUCGAGGAGGGGGCUGCUCGGGGGCGCGCCCGCCGUCGCUGGCGUGGUGGACUUCCCCGUGGAGGGCUCCGCCAACCCGUACAUGGUCGGGCUCUAUUUUACCCGUGUGAAAUUGGGAAACCCAGCAAAGGAAUUCUUUGUCCAGAUAGACACAGGCAGUGACAUAUUGUGGGUAACUUGCAGUCCUUGCACUGGUUGCCCGACAUCAAGUGGACUCAAUAUCCAGUUGGGGUCCUUCAGCCCUGACUCUUCAUCAACAUCAUCCAGGAUAACAUGCUCGGAUGAUAGAUGUACAGCUGCCCUCCAAACAGGGGAAGCAGUCUGCCAAUCCUCGUACUCCCCAAGCAGCCCUUGUGGGUACACUUUCACCUAUGGUGAUGGGAGUGGCACAUCAGGGUACUACGUGUCUGACACGAUGUAUUUCGAUACUGUCAUGGGAAAUGAGCAGACUGCUAAUUCUUCUGCCUCUAUUGUUUUCGGAUGUAGCAACUCACAGUCAGGAGACCUGACGAAGGCAGAUAGGGCAGUUGAUGGGAUCUUUGGGUUUGGACAGCAUCAACUGUCUGUCGUUUCACAGCUGAACUCUCUUGGGGUGUCCCCUAAGGUGUUUUCUCAUUGCCUGAAAGGUUCAGACAAUGGUGGUGGCAUUCUUGUGCUUGGUGAAAUUGUGGAGCCAGGAUUAGUCUAUACUCCACUUGUUCCAUCACAGCCUCAUUACAACUUGAAUUUGGAGAACAUUGCGGUCAAUGGCCAAAAGCUGCCCAUUGAUUCCUCCUUAUUUACAACAUCAAAUGCACAGGGAACAAUCGUGGAUUCAGGAACAACAUUGGCAUACCUUGCAGAUGGAGCCUAUGAUCCAUUUGUUAGUGCGAUAGCUGCUGCAGUCUCUCCAUCUGUACGUUCUCUUGUCAGCAAAGGGAACCAAUGUUUUAUUACUUCCAGCAGUGUUGACUCGUUGUUUCCAACUGUGACCCUUUAUUUUAUGGGUGGUGUUGCGAUGACAGUGAAGCCGGAGAACUAUCUUUUGCAGCAGACUUCUGUUGACAACAAUGUAUUGUGGUGCAUUGGCUGGCAAAGGAACCAGGGCCAAGCAAUAACUAUACUCGGAGAUCUUGUUUUAAAGGAUAAGAUACUUGUGUAUGACUUGGGGAACAUGCGAAUGGGCUGGGUUGAUUAUGAUUGUUCGAUGGCGGUGAACGUCACCACGUCGUCAGGGAAGAACCAGUAUGUGAACACUGGGCAGUUCGAUGUGAACGCUUCGCUGCGGCGAACAUCGUACUGGGGCUUGAUACCUUCCGGAGUUGCUGUCAUUCUUGUGCAUAUGCUCAUUUUUGGCGCCUCACGUAGAUAGCAGGGGUUUAACUGACACUGUGAUUCGAUUCUUUAUUGUUGGCGUAUUCAGAGUUCAGAUGUCUCUGCAUAGUCCCACGGGUAAAGAGUUGCCGUGACAUGAGCAUUCUUACUGUACAUACAGAAAAAAAGGUUCAGUGUUCAUGGAGCACCACGGCUUCCAUUCUCAAA